AUGGGCAACAUCACAGGAGUGAUUGCCAAACUCUCCCAGAAAAAUCAAGCCAACAUGAACUUUGCCUUCACAGAAAACGCUGGCGUGAAGAUUGUUAAAGGAGGAAACAGCAAUUUUACAGGCCCAUUUCGUUUAAUGAAAAUUCCUAAAGAGGCCAGUAAAAUGGCGGUGGAGGGAAAUGGAUCAUUUCUUGGAAUUCUGUUGUUUCCACAGCAGCAUGCGGAUGACAGCAGUAAAUACUAUUUAAACAGUGAGAUAGUGGGAAUAGAAAUGGGGGCAAAAAUACAAAACCUUUCACAACCCAUCGAGAUUCAGUACAGUAAUGUGGACAAGAAAGGAGCGAAUGCUUCUUGCAUGUCUUGGGAUGGAAACAGCACAGAUGCAAACGGGAAAUCACUCUGGAUCACAGAUGGCUGUCAAACAGUGGAGACCAAUAACAGCAUCACCUGCCAGUGCACACAUCUAACCUUUUUUGCCAUACUCAUGUCACCUACACCUGCAAACAUUAGCACUUCUGAUGUUAAUACUCUGACCUACAUCACUUCAAUCGGUUGUGGACUGUCGCUGUUUUUCUUGAUCGUCGGUCUCGUCAUGCACGUUCUCGUCAGAAAGGGGAAAGCAAGCGAAGCAACAAAGAUUCUGAUGAACCUCUUUGUCGCCAUGUUGAUCCUGAACUUGUCCUUCUUGACCAAUGAGAGCAUUUCAAAUCUGGGUAUCAAAGGUGCAUGUGUGGCAAUAGCAGCAGUUCUGCACUACGGGAUGUUGGCCACUUUUACCUGGUUCUUCAUGCAGGCUUUACACUUGUACCUCAGUCUACGUCGAAUCUGCACUGAAGUGAAACAUUACAUGCUGAAGAUUUGCAUCACAGGAUGGGUCAUACCGGCUGUGGUGGUGAUCGCUCUUCUUGCCUCCCAGAAAUAUAAUUCUAUUAAUAUUAAUACAAAUGAGGGGAAAGCAGCAACAAUGUGCUGGAUCUCUGAUGCUGGUAUCCACCAGGGGGUCAACAUUGGUUAUUAUGCUGUAGUGUUCGUCUUCACUCUGAGUGUAUUCAUUCUAACUGUAAGGCAAAUCGUUCUAAUGCCAAAAGCAGGAAAGGCCCAAGACAAUAGUUCCAUUAAGAGCAACACUUCCACCAUUCUGAGCCUGUUCCUCCUUCUUGGCAUCACCUGGGCUUUUGCUUUCUUCAGCUACGGACCUUUGCUCAUCGCUUCCUACUACAUCUUUACCAUCCUCAACUCCUUUCAAGGUUUCUUCCUGUUCAUCUACUAUUAUAAAUCCGCUGAAUGGCUUUUCUGA